CCGGCCCCGCCAUUUUGACUUCCCGACCUUGGGUUGUUGCUGGUCGCUUUCGGCAGUCAUUCCUUGCGGUCAUGUCUGUACUGACCCCGCUGCUGCUGAGGGGCCUGACAGGCCUAACCCGGCGGCUCCCGGUGCAGCGUGCUCAGAUGCAUUCCAAGCCUCCGAAGGAGCAACUCGGGACCAUGGAGAUCGCCAUUGGGAUCACCUCCUGCUUCGUGUGUUUCCUCCUGCCGUCGGGCUGGGUGCUGGCACACCUGGAGAGCUACAAGAAGCCGGAGUGAGGGGGCUGGCCUGUCCUCCCCCAUGACCUGACCACCCCUCCUGAUCAUGCCUGCUGCAUUCCUGGCCGGCCUUCCCCGGAUCAUGACCUUCCAUUACAGCGGCCUCUUCUGCAGGCAUGACCACUCGAUUUCUCCACAGUGACAUCCUGGGACCACACAUGUCGGUGUGUAAGGCCCUGCCUGGUAGGGCCUCCUUGUCACAAUAAAGUCCGUUUAAACCUCG